UUUCUCCCGCAGAGGCGCGGUGGCAAAACAAAAGCGAGGCGGCCAUAAUCAUACCGCGAGGUUAACGUCACCACAUUUCCUAUUUUUUUUUUAUAUAUAUAAGUCUCUUAUAGAUUCUAACUUCUAUAUAAUCAUUCUGUCAUCUUGAGGACGUGGGAAAAAAUAAAAUAAAAAAUGACGUGAAGACGCGCGUUGUAGUGACGGCGGAUUGGGAAAAGACUCUGUGGAGCUCAUGUCUGAGCUGAAUGCAUUCCAUUACCGUGGGACCUUCAGUGCUCCCGUUUGCCUUUAAAGAACCAUGUACCGUGUCGGUGGAGAGCGGGACUUUCAGACGUCGGCCCGCCGCAUGGGCACGUCGCUGCUCUUCCAGCUGUCGGUGCAUGAGAGAGAACUGGACCUGGUGUUCCUGGACCACAGCUAUGCCAAGCCCUGGAACGCCCACCCUGACGCUAGCAGCGCCCGGCCCACCCGCAUGCUGUUCGUCACCCCGCGUCAUCAGCAGGACUCCUCUGUGGUAUGUGUGCCUGCCUCUUCCAGGGAGUCCGAGAUGUCUGUUGACGUCGAGACGGUCACACCCACUCCCAUGCCUCUCUACGACAACCAGAAAGCCCGGAGUGUGAUGAACGAGUGCGAACGUCAUGUUCUGUUCGCUCGAACCGUUGCUGACGGACCGCUGCCUCCAGAUGACUGGGAAGAUCAUAUUAACAAGACCGGGUGGACGAUGGCUCAAAACAAGCUGUUUAAUAAAGUCCUGAAGGCGCUGCAGGCCGAGAGACUUGCCAGACUGGCUAACGAAAGUGUGAGUCAACGAAACGUGUGUAACGAGCCCGUCCUGCGCAGGAUCGCGGUGGAUAAAUGUGCCCGUAAGGUUCGUCACGCGCUGGCCAGCGUGAACUGGGACCCUAAACUAACUCAGUGGCUACACAGCACCCUGAUAGCGUCUCUGAGCCUGGCCAUGUUGGCCGCCUACCUGGACGUCCUGCAGACCCUCAAAAGCAAGGUCCCUUCUCUGAUCGAGCGGAUGCUGUCGGCGUCGUCCACUAAAUCGGGUGCGGCGGGGGCCGAGGCGCUGUCUCUGCUCCUGAAGCGGCCCUGGGAUCCAGCUGUUGGUGUUCUGUCACAAAAUAAACCAAGUAAACUUCCUGGUUCGCCUCUGAUCCUGAUUUGUCCAUCAGGACCGACGACGCCCACCUUCUCUACCUCCCGCAGAGUGAGAUUCUGGCAAUCACAGCUCUCCUGUUUAGGCAAAGUCAUUCCCAUAAGCACUCACGUGGGCAGCGGUGCUAACAUCGGCAUCAGUCAGUGUCUGGAGCACCUGAUUGGCACCGUCAGGGGGAAAGUCAUCGAGGUUCACAGUCACUUCCCUCACAAGCCCAUCAUCCUGGUGGGUUGGAACGUCGGUGCGCUGAUCGCUUGCCAUGUGUCUCUUAUGGAGCAUGUAACAGCAGUGGUGUGUCUGGGUUUCCCUCUGCAAACAGUCAGCGGCCCCCGAGGGGACGUGGAUGACCCUUUGUUGGACAUGAAGACCCCUGUGCUGUUUGUGGUGGGCCAGAACGCGCUGCAGUGCGGCUCAGAGAACAUGGAGGAGUUCAGGGAGAAAAUCCGAGCAGAUAACAGCAUGGUGGUCGUAGGAGGGGCUGAUGACAACCUCAGAAUCUCCUCCUCAAAGAUGAAAACAGAAGGCCUGACGCAGACGAUGGUCGAUCGCUGCAUUCAGGAUGAGAUCGUGGACUUCCUGACGGGCAUUCUGAUGCGAGCAGAGAGUCCCAGCCUCGCCUCCGGGGAAACGCGAGAUCUGGACGCAGAAAAGAAAAAGAAACCACGUCGCGAGUUGCCCUUCGAGACAGAGAGGUCACGACCGUCCUCACCAGCCAUCAGGGUUCCCAUCUCCCCCUCAGGAUCAGAGGACAUGUCCAGUGUAUGCAGCAGUCCCACAGCCAGUCCCAAACCCAAGUCCAGUACUCUGUCUCCGGCUCAGAAGUCGAGCCUCAUCACCGCCACCCAGCUCCUCAAAACACACAUGCAGCGAUCCGGAACCAUGCUCACACACAAACAAGCUCAAGCUCAGUUCGCUGCCUUUAUGAAACAGAACAUGCUGGUGAGGAAGAGCGUUCCUCCUGGCAGCCCUUCCUGUCUGUUCGUGCCCGUGUCCGGCGAACAGAUGGAAGGUUUGGAGCAGAACGACCAGCGGCUCCAUUUGAAGAGGAGGCAGACCCCUAGUCCCACGAUCCCCACCAAAUCCUCCAAACGGGCCAAGAUCAAAGUCACCAUCGUCUCCCACGGCGACUCAGCCGGUGCCGCGGUGCCUCCUGGCCUCCAGGAAGGAGUGUCUGGAAAGCCCCUUACACUCACCAUGGGCCAAACUGUAUCGGGUGCCAAAGAUCUUUCUGGACUGUUGACCACACAAAGGGCUGGAGCUUUAACUGACGUCUCUGGUGGUCUCAGCUCGAGCGCAGCUUCCUUCCACAGCCUGCAGGGUGGGGUCAUGCCCGCCUCCUCCUCAACCCCAGCACAGGUCCAAACGUCUGCACAAGCUACCUCUGCCAGUAGCCUGUUGCAGGGCCUGAGCUUCAGCCUGAGCUCAAAGUCCCCGGUUCUACCCUCCAGCACACAGGCUUCAGUAGGGAAGGCUCAGGCUCAUGGGCAGGUGUUAACCACGCUCAGUCCAGCAGGUACCACUCUGAUGCGUGCCGUUCCUGUCGUCUCCACUGGCUCUGGAGUGACCAAAAGCACAGCCAUCCAUCAGCUCCUCACCAACGGCGGCCUGGCCAAGCUGGCGAACAGCCUCCCAGGACUGGCCCACGUAGCCAAUCAGAGCGCGGGUCUGAAAGCUCCCACUACAAUCACGGUGACGUUGCGAGGCCAGCCGAGUCGGGUUCCAGGUCUGGGUCAUGUCGGAGCCGUGUCACUGCCGCCUCACAACACAUCCGAGCAGCAGUGAAUACAAGCUCCAUGGGAAAGGUUCACGCAGUGUGAAGCGCCCUUGACGCUCUCAAUGGCUUUAUCCGUAAACAGAGUGCUGAGGCUCUGAGGGGAAACGCUGGGAUGUUGCUGAUAGCCUGACCGCACGGUUCAUCAGCUUUACCCGCUUCACCAUCAUGAGCGCGUUUGAACCAGCUCUGGACACCAUUCAGCUUCUGCUUAUGACCAGCUGUCUUUCUGACAAGGAGAAGAAAAUAUGAGGAUAUGAUAUCAGUGUUAUAAAUGUAAGACGAGUGAGUCGAUGGUUAGUCAGUGAACACAGUGCUGACGCUGUAAUUCCCCCAGUUUCACCACCCUGUACAGAUGUCUCUGCUCUGUGGAUGAUAAUAAAGUUGUACAUUCUGAGAA